AUGCAUCGAGGGACCAAGACGAAGGCUGCACCCAAGGUGGCCCUCGCGGUGGGGCCCCAGCAAAGCCCCCGUCCCGGCUUUUCGUUCCCUCCCCACCGGGCACCCCGAGUUCUUCGUCACCUCCCCACCGGGCACGGGGGCUCGUCGUACCCGCUGCAAAUUUCGGGCGGCAGGGAGCGCAACCCCCCGGGGAGUAAAUUCUUUGACCCAGCCUGGGGGGGGGGGGAGACAUCACCCGGAAACCAGCGAAGGCUAACUCGGCCCCCCCUGCCCUGUUCCCACCUGACCCUUCCGCGCCCCCAACCAAGCCCGCCCCUCCCCCGAGUCCCGCGGGCCACGGAAGGCGGCGGCGGUAGGGGGCGGGCGGCGGCGCUGGCGCGCCUGCCGCCGAGCUCCUCCCGCGACGCCGUGGAGACCCCCGCAGCCCCUGCGCCGCCCGCCGCCGAGAGCCCCUCGUCCGCCCGCGACGGCGCCCAGCGGCCCGGGACCCUCGGCUGGCGCGAAUGCCUGCGGCCUCUGCGGGGCGCGCUGCCGCCCGACGUGGGGCGCGAGACGGCGGAGCUGGAGGCGCUCGCGGGCCCAGUGUUCCUCGCGCAGCUGCUGACCUUUCUCAUCAGCCUCGUCAGCUCCGUAUUCUGCGGACACCUGGGCAAGGUCGAGCUGGAUGCGGUUACGCUUGCUGUCUCGGUUGUGACUGUCGCUGGGAUUUCCGUUGGAACUGGCUUUGCCUCCGCUUGUGACGCUCUCAUGUCUCAGUCCUUUGGAGCCAAGAACCUAGAACGUGUGGGGAUCGUCCUUCAGAGAAGCAUCCUCAUCCCGAUGCUGUGCUGCUUCCCGCGCUGGGCCCUCUUCCUCAACACCAAGCGCCUCCUCCUGCUGCUGAAGCAAGACCCCGAGGUCUCCAGGAGAGCCCAGAUCUAUGUGAUGAUUUUAAUCCCUUCUCUUCCGGCCACAUUCCUGUUCCAGCUGCAGGCAAAAUAUUUACAAAGUCAGGGCAUCAUCAUGCCUCAAGUGGUUACCGGCAUUGCAGCGAACGACCUCAACGUGGGCACGAAUGCUCUCCUGCUGUACGCCCUGCACUUCGGAGUCAUAGGAUCUGCCUGGGCGGACACCACUUCCCAGUUCUGCCUGUCUGCUCUUCUCUUCCUGUACGUGUGGUGGAAAAAAUUCCACGUCAACACCUGGGGAGGUUGGACCAGGGCCUGUUUCCAGGAGUGGGGCUCCUUCACCCAGCUGGCCAUCCCCAGCACGUUCACGGUGUGCAUUGAGUGCUGGACCUUUGAAGUCGGAACCUGCCUUGCAGGAUUGAUGAGCGUGACAGAGCUUGGAGCCCAGGCCGUCAUUUACGUACUGGCUUCUGCGGCCUACAUGGUGCCUCUAGGCCUUGGCGUGGCAGCCAGCGUCUGGGUGGGCGGUGCCCUGGGGGCAGGGGAUGCCCAGCAGGCACGACACUCCUGUGCCACCGUCCUCCUGUGUGCAGGUGUUUGUGCACUUGUAACGGGUAUCUUACUUGCCGCUUUAAAGGACGUGGUUGCCUAUGCAUUUACCAGUGACAAAGACGUCAUGUCCCUUGUGAGCCAAGUGAUGCCCAUUUCUGCUCCCUUUCAUCUGUUUGAUGCACUUGCGGGCACCUCUGGUGGAGUCCUGAGAGGUGCAGGAAAACAAAAUAUGGGUGCUUUCCUGAAUGCCAUUGGUUAUUAUGUUUUUGGUUUUCCCCUUGGAGCAUCUCUGAUGUUUGCUGCUAAUCAUGGGAUAAUAGGUCUCUGGUCCGGAUUGAUGGUCUGUGUCUUCUUUCAAACCCUCUUCUACUUGGUGUACAUCUGGAGGAUAAACUGGAACAGAGUGGCAGAGCAGGCACAGGUUCGAGCCGGGCUGAGAGGGACGAAAGAGGCUGUGCCCACUGCAACAGGUGUUCAGGCCAGAAAAAGAAAUCAGUGGAAUAACAUCUGGAAUGGAGAAUAUAAAAUUAUAAGAUUAUUUGUAGACAAUAUGAUUGUAUCCUUGGAAAAUCCAUGAGAAUCAUCUGAAAACUACUGCAAACAGCAAGAGGAACUCAGAAUUGUAACAAGAUAGAAAAUUCACAAUCAUUAACAGCUCCCUACAUACAACCAACUUUUAGAUUAUGCAAU